AUGCCCAAACCUAUGCCCAAACCGGUGGCCGAACCGAUGCCCGGACCGAUGGCCAAACCGGUCCCCGAUACCGACGCCGACGGCGCCCUGCUCAUCUCCAUGCAAGCCCGGCUCGACGAGCUCCAGUCCGCCCUCGCAAAGGACAAGGCAGUCUGCCGCAGCGCAGACGCAAAGGUGCUCCAUGAGCAGAACGCGGCGCUGGUUGCGGGCAUCAGCGAGCUUGAGAAGAGAGUGUAUCACUACAACAAAUACGCCAAUGCCCUUAGCGAGCUGGCGACGGCUCAGCAGAAUCUCAUUGUCCGCCAACGCGAUACGAUUUUCGCGUUCAGGGCUAGGGACGACGUCAAGGCGAAGAGGGAGGGGAGGACACCGGCACCAUUCCUUUACUCGAAGGGCGAGCCCACUGCUGCCGAUCUGCUGGCCAUCGCGAACUCACAGCUGGUACUCUGCUGUGACAGCUUGCGUGCGUGUAAGAAGAAGUUGGUAGCCCUCAAUAACAAGAAGGACGGGGAGGCUGAGAAGGAGGAGAAGGAGGGCGAGGGAGAGGGAGAGGAGUUGCGGGACAAGCACGCGGCGGUUCAGCGUCAGCUAGACGUUGUGUUGAGCGCCUUCAUCGUACUCACGGUUCACGCUCAGCGCCAAGUCCCCACAAUCCAAGAAUAUGGGCUUCCCUCAAUCUGA